UUUUCCACACACACUUCACUUGCACUUUGCUGUAACACAGCAAGUGUAUAUUUUUACAUUUUUUUGUGUUAUUUUUUAUUGUACCUACUCUCUAGUUGUUUGUUGGCAAAAAAAAGUGCAUAAUAUGUCUCGCCAAAAGUGCUGCAAAUCUAUCAACAAAACCCAAACAUCUGCAUAGAAAUCAUCGCCAAAAAAAAAAAACAACCCAAGAAACAAACAACUCCGACGUCGUUUGUAAAAAAAAAAAGUAAAAGCCCAAGCAAAAGUCGUCCUCUUCAAAGGAACACACGAAAAGAAAGGAAAGAAAAAAAAAUACAUAAAAACCUCUCCACGGAGGAAACCGCCCCUCAAACACAUUAAAAAAAAAAAAAACAAGUGAAAAAGGAAAAAAAUCUCGAUAUUUUUUAAUAAAUUUCCCAAAAAAAAAAUGUCACAAUUCGCACAACAAAUUUUCUACUUUUUUGCUUUCCUUUUCAUCCUGCAAACAUGCUUAACUCUCUGCGAAGCCACCCGAAUCAUUGGCGACUUUCACACCGAUGAAUUUUUCAAGUUUAUUGUAAAAUUUGGCUUCCAAAAAGCUGAAACCCAUUCGCAACGUGAUUCUUUUGGUUAUAUUUAUGGCAAUAUUACGUCGGAGGACUCAUUUAAUGUCCCUGUGACGUUGGCAGUUUUAGAUCGUUCGAGUUUUCUUGAAUUCUAUGGCAAUCGAAGUUAUUAUGAUCGCGAGCUGGCUUGUCAACGAAUGUUUGCACGCAUUCAAAAUUUAGCUUAUGAUAGUGAUUGUAAUUCGCAUGCGAAGACUGAUUAUUUGAGAAAGAUUCCAUGUCAGAAGGGUGAAUUGUGUACGGAUGAAGAUAGUCCAUCGAAUGUCGUUCCGGGAUAUCAAUUUACUUAUGUUAUAAGUGAUUUAACGCAACCUAGAUUCUGGUAUAUGGCUAUGGUAGCAUGUUAUCGUAACCGAUCGACAUGCCAAUGGCACGCCUAUGACCCAACUAGACUUAGCAAUCGUGUACCUCUGACCGUUCGCAAUGCGCACACAAUCAACUAUGACAUUCGCCUUGUCAAUGGCAAUCCCAAUCAAUCGGCAUCACAUCCAUUAACAUUUCAAUUCUCCUUCGAUCAACAAAAUCUAUUGGAGAUGUAUUUGAUAUUCUUGUUGGUGUAUCUAGUCCUGAUACCGAUGCAAAUUUAUGCAGUUCGAUUGCAAAAACAUCCGGUGACAAAACUUUUUACAAUCAGCUUGAUAAGUGAAUUUGUAAGUUUGGCCUUCAUAACAACCCAUUUGAUAUAUUUUGCAAUCAAUGGUAUUGGACAACCUGAUGUGGAGGCAGCGGGUGAUAUUUUGGAUAUUUUUAGCAGAACAUCAUUUAUGCUUAUAUUAUUGUUAUUGGCCAAAGGUUGGGCAGUGACCAGACAGCAAAUUAGUAAAACUGGUUGGAUUAUUCUUAUGUCAAUUUGGGUACCAUAUUGUGCGUUUCAUGUGUUCCUAUAUAUUUGGGAUAGGACGGAAAUCGAUGUUACAUCAGACAUUGACGAAUACCAGACUUGGCCUGGAUGGAUAGUCCUUAUACUUCGGACAUCUUUUAUGAUGUGGUUCCUAUAUGAACUACGCAACACAAUGAAAUAUGAACACUCAACAAAGAAAUUAGAUUUUCUUUUGCAUCUGGGUGCCUCCAGUUUGGUGUGGUUCAUUUAUUUGCCAAUUGUAGCGGUAGUCGCUUUACAAGUCAAUUCCAUGUGGAGAGAUAAACUUUUACUAGGCAUUACAAAUUCAGCUGAUUGUCUAGCUUAUUGUAUUAUGACAGGACUCCUGUGGCCAAAUCGUUCAGGUCAGUAUCUCUUACUGGCUGGAUCACAUUACUCAGGUAUGGAUGAAUUGGAUGAGUUUAAUGAAGCUCCGCACAUAAUUCGCGAACGCGAACGUCGUCGCAACUCACCCGACGCAGUUAUUGCCACAAAUGGUACAGGAGCUGUUGUCGCAGCUGCCAAUAAUUUCCCACUAAAUGGUGAAAUAUGUACCGAUCUCCUUGAAGGAGAAGAUCUUGACGCAGAGCUAUUAACUGAUUUACACAAAAAUAGUCACGUAAUAGCAUAGGUUUAGUCACAACUAAAAUGAAAAAAAAAAAGAUAUUCAUAUUUAAAAAAGAAGAAAAAAAAAAUAACGUACGUAUUUGAUAGAUUUUUAUUAGGACAACUCAUUAGGUUAAAAAAGAUAGAAGGAAAGGAAGAAUGAAAUGUGUUUUCUAUAGUUUUUCAUAGUUAUUUCUAGAUCACACUUUAUUAUACACAAACACAAACCCACACAUAAACAAAAAAACAAACAUUUACCAUUCACAAAACCGUCUCACACUUUAAAAUUUUCACCGAAUGUUUUGUAAAUAAUCAUAGUCUAUUAAUAAUUUUAGAUAAGAAAUCGUGCUUUUUUUGUUAAUAAUAAUUAAUUCUUCUUUGUGAUUCUGCUGAAAACAUGACAAUUGUUUUGUGUUUCACAAAAAAUGUGUAAGCUUUAGAUCCAAAAAAAAUGAAACGCUCAUAAUGCGCACAUUAUUCAAACCGUUUCGUUUUAGUUUUUUUUUUGAAAAAAAAAACUGAUUUUUAUAUUGAAAAAUAAGAAAAAGAAAAUAUAUUUUAGAAAAAAAUUUACACUCACACCACAACGACUCAAAAACAAGAACACUUAAAAAAAAUCAACAACACAAAAAAAACAUAAAUUAAGAUUUUUUUUUGAAAUUUUGUUAAAAAACAAAACUUUAACACACACACUGUGCCAUUGUUUCAGUGCAUUAAGAAAAAAUUUAUCAAACAAAAAAAAAAUGUUACAAAUUAAAACGAAAUUUUGUGUGAUUAUUCAAGAAAUUGAAAAUUCCAAAAUAUAAUAAUUAUUAUGAUAGAAAAUAGGUAAUUAAAAAAAAAAAUUUAGAAAAUAGAUUGUGGCUUACAUGGAAAAAAAGAAAAUAAAAAAAAAUUUUUGUUUGUCGGUUCGAAUGCAGAGUGUAGUAUAUGACUUUCCCUCCUAAUAUGAGACAUUCACAAUGUAAUUAUAUCCUUAAAAAAAAAUUUAGUCUUUAUCUAAGAUAUUCUUCAGAUACAAACUAGAGUUGAGUAUUUUAACUGUCUGAGUUCAAAACACCCUUUGUGUCGUUUUCGAUUGGUUUCACUCAAGGAUUACUUAUUCUAAGAUCCAAUAAAACAGUUUGAAUCGCUGCCACUCAUUUCAGAAAUUUUGUACUGUAUUUUUGUGAAUAAUCAAAUA